GUGGACUCCGGCGUGAGUGUGACGACAUCCAGAGCGUCCACUAUAAAAGAUGAGACGCAAUGUUGUGUGCACACAUAAAAUUGGCCUUACUGGUCAGUGAGCACCACUUUUGGAGGCUGGGAGCAAACAUCAUCCACAGAUCGCCGCUGUCCACUUCAAGAGGAGUGAGGUCUCAACAGGCUUCCAAGGGAGACACCAUGAAGGCGACAUGCCUGUUCUUCCUGGCUUCUGUCUUGGUCUGCAGCUGGACGAUGGCGUGCGGAGCUCACAGCGUGUACGCCGAGGACGAGCCGGACCCGGGAACCGCGGACGACCUCCUCCUGCAGCAAGCCGAGAGCCUCCUGCUGCGCUCCGUCCUGAGAAAGAUGCAAGCGGAAGACCGCAACGGUGGAGGACCCUCCUCUCAGACGGAGUGGAUGACGAAGCGGCAGCAUCCGGGCAAGAGGUACCGCGAGGAUUUGGACGAAGAGGCUGACGGUGAUGGAGAGGUCUUGCCGACUGUUGAAAGGAGACAGCACCCGGGCAAGCGCUCCACGGCGGGACACCUUUCGGGCCUUCCCGUGAUCGUCGUGCAGGGCGAACUUUCCAAGCGGCAGCACCCGGGCAAGCGCUACUUGGUGCUGCGCAGCCGGCGGCAGCACCCCGGUAAACGGCAACCGGGGGAAGAGGAGGAGGAGGAGGAGGAUGAGGAGGAGGAGGAGGAGGAGGAGGAGGAGGAGGACCAGCACCCCGGCAAACGCUAUUGGGAUCGUUCGGCUCGUCCACAACUGGCCACUACGAGUCCAUGUGAAGACAUCUCGGACCCUGUGACGUGCGCCAAAAGCAAUCUGCUGCUCGACUUUUUAGACAACAUCGGCGUGAAGCACGCCGACGAGAAGCGACAGCACCCGGGCAAAAGGUUUGCGCCUCCUCGCGACGUUUUAGAGGAGUCAGAGUAGAUCCAUUAGAUCCCUUGUUAACUAAACAAUGUGUACGGAAUGAUUACUCAUUAUUAAAAUGAACUACAAAAAUAAAAAUAAAAAAAAAGUCUUGACAGAUACAUUUAGUGUGUUUCAUCACGUUGGUUUCUCGGGAGAGCCCGUGCGUAAAUGUAGCUGGACUGUGACAUGCAUAUGAAUAUGAAUAAGGUAUUGUCAUGAUUAUUGACAUAAACUGGGCCACAUACAUGUCACUGCGCGUCGCCAUGGAUGCAACGAUGGCCAAACGUUACGCCAAUUAGGAAAGUCCUUCAUCGAUGAAUUGUUCGCCAUGUAUUUUCUACUCGUGGAAAAUGAUAAUAAAUAUGACGCAGUUAUAGUUUGUCCAAGUUCA